AUGCUGAGGAGCCUGACUUUGACCUUGGUCUCGAUUCAACUGUGCAAUGCCGGUAAAAUAUUAAAUUCAGUGAAGAAGGUAUUGGAUUUCUACGAAACCAGACCGGACCUCGGAAAAUAUCAAGAUGGCUGGCGGGUACUCACAAGCCACAAGACGAUGGUUCUCUUAUACUCUCUCUUUUCAAUUGAUGAUACAAUGGGCAACGAUAUCACAUGCGUUUCCAUGAAACGAAUGCGAAAAAAUACUCAACAAAAAUGGGUCGAAGAACUCGUUUCGUUCCAGCGAGGCGUCCAAACAAAUCCAAUUAACAUCACGCUAUACCUCGGAGCCAAAUCACACAGAGGCUAUAAAUACCCGAACAUUAUCUACAGUCUCAACAACGCAGGUACCAAACCCUAUCUGGCAUCGGUUGCAUAUACAGACUACAUGACCUGUGCCUUAAUUAGGGUACUGCGAUUCCAUAAUGGACGAGAAGGGUGCCAGCUCUGGGCAGAUGCUAAAUAUGUCAACCAUGUUCCCGAAUUUUGUCACUUUGCAUACAGCUUGCUAUGUGGAACCAUCAAAUAUCACGUCUAUGAUGAAAGGAAAUGCAAAGCAUAA